AUGGCACUCAUCAGCAAUAGCUCCUCUCCUCUGCCUUCUGAGUUCCUCCUCAUCUGCUUCCCUGGCUACCAGAGCUGGCAGCACUGGCUCUCUCUACCUCUGAGCCUCCUGUUCCUCUUGGCCAUGGGGGCCAAUGCCACCCUCCUCCUCACCAUAAGGCUAGAAGCUUCUUUACAUGAACCCAUGUACUAUCUGCUUAGCAUACUAUCUCUGCUGGAUAUUGUUCUCUGUGUCACUGUCAUCCCCAAGGUCCUUGCCAUCUUCUGGUUUGAUCUCAGACCUAUCAGCUUCCCUGCUUGCUUCCUCCAAAUGUACAUAAUGAACAGCUUUCUGACCAUGGAGUCCUGCACCUUCACCAUCAUGGCCUAUGAUCGCUAUGUGGCCAUCUGUAAACCACUGCGUUAUCCAACUAUCAUCACUAAUCAAUUCGUGCUCAAGGCUACCGUGUUCAUUGUGGCUAGAAAUGCUCUCCUUACUGCCCCUGUUCCAAUCCUUUCUGCCCAGCUCCAUUACUGUGGAGACAACAUAAUCAAGAAUUGCAUCUGCACUAACUUGUCUGCCUCUAUACUUUCCUGUGAUGACAUCACUUUAAACCAAGUCUACCAGUUUGUGAUUGGCUGGACUUUAUUGGGCUCUGACCUCAUUCUCAUCAUCCUUUCUUAUUCCUUUAUUCUUCGGGCUGUUCUGCGGAUUAAGGCAGAGGGGGCUGCAGCCAAAGCUCUGAGCACAUGUGGCUCCCACUUCAUCCUCAUCCUCUUCUUCAGCACCAUCCUGCUGGUACUAGUCAUCACCAAUGUAGCCAGGAAAAAAAUCCCUCAUGAUGUCCCCAUCCUGCUCAAUAUACUGCAUCACCUCAUUCCCCCAGCCAUGAAUCCUAUUGUCUAUGGAGUCCGGACAAAGGAGAUUAAGCAGGGGAUCCAGAAGCUGUUGAGAAGGUUGUGA